AUGUCGGACUAUGCGUUCUUGGUGAAGCGGUGGUCGGUGCCGUUGGGGGAGACGUUGUCGUGGGAGUUCGAUGUUGCGGAGUGGGGUGGAACGGCGCCGGUUGUGGUAUUGGACGCGGCAGUUGGUCGUUCGGAGAAGUUGUCGGCGAAGUUGCGGGAGAGCAGUUACGACAUUGAGGCGGUGGCGAAGAGUGACUGCAGUGUGCAGAGUGUGGCGGCUGCAGGGUGCGGUGUGGUGUCAGGGACAGCGUUGGUGUUUCGGCAAGGGUACUAUCAGGUGGGGAAUUUAUUGGUAUGGGCGGCGAUAAAGGAGAUGUCUAGUGGCGACCGGACAUCGUUGACGAAUCCGUUGGACAACUCGGCAGCAUUCACCCUAACUAGUCACCCGGUGCUGCAGGUACACACAGAGCCAUACGCAUCCGUGCCGGUGCAGGUUAAUAAAGUAAGUCGUCUGGGAGCGAGCGACAUUUCCAUCGCACUGGACUCUUCGGCACGCGCAGGACUGGUCGUACUCGCCGGACUCAACGACAACCGCAGCGGCUCCUUCCUUUUAGACAAUGCGCAGGUCGAGGUCGGAGCAGUCGGUGGUUCUGGGGUUGAAACCCUCUCAGAAAUGGAGUUUACUUGGAACUACACACCCGGCUGUACCGACGCCGCUGUUUUUCCUUCCCUCGUCCACAACGAAACUGGCGGCCGCACACUCGACACCAAACACUUCCUUUUCACAAAGACACUUCAACUCAUCAACACCAACGGCGCCCUCGAAGGCUCCGCCAUCGCCGCCGUCUACGCCGACGACUGCACACCCGACGUCAUGGGCGACUACGCCACUGAAUACACUUACGGCCUCACCGUCGUCUCCUCCGACACUUGCUUCCGAGCAGAUAAAACGUGGUACUACGUGUCCGGCGGUGACGCACCAGCACCCGGCGACGCGCACUGGGGCGCAGCUUUAUUGUCCAUUUUUCUCAUUCUUUUCUUCUUGGGCCUGGUAGGGGUCGGGUAUUACUUUUGGUCCAAGUGGCAGUCGGCAGCGCCCGUGGUACCCGACGAAGACGAGGAAAUCAACAGCGGACCGCGCCCCGAUCCCGCAGACCAGAUCCCCCGAUCCUCACUCCGGAUACAACCGCGGGGUGCCUUGCGUCCUCCAAAACAUCUUCUCAACUAA